AUGAAGGAGAGAAUACUUAAUGGGCUACACAAACUUUUUAUCACCAAUAUUCCAAGGAAGGCAAGAAGACAAUUGGUUUAUGAACUUCUCACACAAGUGUCAAAAAUUGGCCACCUCUAUUACAACCAAGAUAGGGGAUAUUGCUUUGUAGACUAUGAGACAUAUGAGGAAUUAGAAUACACUUAUAACGUUCUUCGGGGUGUUAAGCUGUAUGGAAAAAGACUGUACUUCAGUAAAGUCGAAAAACAAGUGAGAAUUGUUGUCAGGAAUAUAGGACAGGAAGUAGAUGGGGUUUUCCUCUGGGACGUUUUCAGUAAAUUCGGGCCGUGCCAUAUUGAGAUGAAUGAGGGCGGACUAGGUGUUGUUAUAUAUAGACGAGAAGACUCUGCUAUUAAAGCUGUAGAAGUGGUGAACGGAAAAGUUAUAGGAGGCUCAGAAGUAUCUGUGGAAAUUGAUAAAUAG